AUGGCUACCAACAGCCAGAUAGCCUGGGCCCCUUCACUCAAUCAUGGCUAUGGCGACGACCUUAUGCGUCGCAUCUCCCGCACAGUUUCUGGUCGCUCUGGACUCUCAGACUAUGAGGAGCCCAAGGACGACGAACACAUCAGCAAGGCCGAGGAUUGGUCGUUGAUGCCCGAAGUCAAGAGAUACGCUGACAACGACCCUGCCACUGGACGCAAACUUGGAGUCACCUGGAACAACCUUACAGUCAAGGGCGUUGGCGCUGACGCAGCUUACAACGAGAACUUCCUCAGUCAAUUUAAUGUACCCCAGCACAUCAAAGAGGGACGUCAUCCUGCACCUCUCAGGACCAUCAUCGACAACUGCUCUGGAUGCGUGAAACCUGGAGAGAUGCUUCUUGUGCUUGGCCGUCCAGGAGCAGGUUGUACGACUCUUUUGAAGAUGCUCUCAAACAGGAGAGCAGGUUACGCAGAGAUCGACGGUGACAUCAAAUUCGGUACCAUGGACCCCAAAGAGGCUCAACAAUAUAGAGGUCAAAUUGCAAUGAACACCGAAGACGAAUUGUUCUUUCCCACUCUGACCGUCGGUCGCACUAUGGACUUUGCCACUCGCCUAAAGGUCCCCAACAACUUGCCUGAGGGUACCGAAUCGCGCGAGCAGUUCCGCACCGAGUACAAGGACUUUCUCCUCAGGUCGAUGGGAAUUGGCCACACGAGUUCCACACGAGUGGGCAACGAAUACGUUCGUGGUGUCAGUGGUGGUGAGCGCAAGAGAGUGUCCAUCAUCGAGACUCUCGCGACAAUGUCCAGCGUCUACUGCUGGGACAACUCGACCCGUGGUCUGGAUGCCUCGACUGCCCUCGAAUACACCCNNCGCGCUCUGCGCGCCUUGACAGAUAAGAACGGCUUGGCCACUAUCGUGACCCUUUAUCAGGCUGGAAACGGUAUCUACGACCUCUUCGAUAAAGUCCUGGUUCUCGACGAGGGCAAACAGAUCUACUACGGUCCUCGCGCCCAGGCCCGCCCUUUCAUGGAGAGACUUGGCUUUAUUUGCGACGAUGCUGCCAACGUUGCUGAUUUCUUGACUGGUGUUACUGUGCCCACAGAGCGCAAGAUCAAGAAUGGCUUCGAAGCUCAAUUUCCUAGAAAUGCAGUGUCUAUCCGCGAACGCUACGACAAGUCAUCAAUCAAAGCCAAGAUGGACAAGGAGCUUGACUUCCCGAGANGCUCGCGCGCGAAAGAGUGGACCGCUGACUUCCAAAAAGCUACCCAUGAGGACAAGGCGAAGGGUAUCCCUAGCCACAGUCCAAACACAGUCGGCUUCCAGUCGCAAGUCAAGGCCUGUAUCAUCAGACAGUACGAGAUUCUAUGGGGUGACAAAGCGACCUUUCUGAUUAAGCAGGGUUCUACUUUGGUUCAGGCUCUUAUUUCUGGUUCGCUCUUCUAUAACGCCCCUAACAACUCUUCUGGUCUCUUCAUCAAGGGUGGUGCUCUCUUCUUAUCUCUUCUGUUCAAUGCUCUUCUCGCCAUGUCUGAGGUCACCGAUUCCUUCUCGGGUCGUCCUAUUUUGGCCAAGCACAAGUCCUUCGCCUUCUACAACCCCGCUGCCUUCUGUAUCGCUCAAGUUGCUUGCGAUCUGCCAAUACUCGUCUUCCAGAUCAGUGUCUUCUCCGUCGUCUUGUACUUUAUGGUUGGCCUGAAGGUGACUGCUGCUGCCUUCUUCACCUAUUGGUUCGUCAUCUAUCUCUCGACUUUGGUCAUGACCGCACUCUUCAGAGCCAUUGGUGCUGCCUUCCCAACUUUCGAUGCUGCCUCCAAGGUCUCCGGUUUCAUGAUCAGUGCUCUCAUCACGUACAUCGGUUACCAGAUUCCCAAGCCUGAGAUGCACCCCUGGUUCGUAUGGAUCUACUGGAUCAACCCAAUGUCUUACGGUUUUGAGUCUCUCCUUGGCAACGAGUUCAAGGGUCGUAUAAUUCCUUGUGUCAACAACAACCUCGUUCCUAAUGGUCCUGGCUACGCUGAUGCUGCCUUCCAAGCCUGUGCUGGUGUUCGUGGUGCUCUUCCUGGUGCCACCGAGGUCACUGGUGAGCAGUACCUGGACAGUCUGUCUUACAGCUCGUCUCACAUCUGGCGCAACGUCGGUAUUCUGUUUGCCUGGUGGUUCCUCUAUGUCGGCAUGACUAUCUUCUUUACUCUCCGAUGGAACGAGAACGGAAACUCUAGUGGCUACCUGUUGGUCCCUCGCGAGAAGGCUCACCUGACCAGGGGUCUUAUGAACAAGGCCAACAGCGAUGAGGAGAACCCUGCCGAGAAGUCCCAAACUUCCAUCUCAAGCGCCGACACUCAAGUCCCCACAGGCGACAACGAAAAGCCCAAGUCCGAGUCGGACAACAACGACCAACUUGUUCGUAACACCAGUAUCUUCACCUGGAGAAACCUUACCUACACUGUCAAGACACCAUCGGGUGACAGAGUUCUUCUCGACAAUAUCCAUGGCUACGUCAAGCCCGGUAUGCUCGGUGCGCUGAUGGGCAGUUCGGGUGCUGGAAAGACUACUCUGCUCGAUGUCCUUGCUCAGCGUAAGACUGAUGGUACUAUCAAGGGUGAGAUCCUCGUUGACGGCCGUCCUCUCUCGGUUUCGUUCCAACGUUCUGCUGGUUACUGUGAGCAACUCGAUGUGCACGAGCCUUUGACCACUGUCAGGGAGGCACUUGAGUUCUCUGCUCUCCUCCGUCAGAGCCGUGAUACUCCUGACUCUGAGAAGCUCGCUUAUGUUGACACUAUCAUUGACCUGUUGGAGCUCCACGACAUCGAGCACACUCUUAUUGGCAAGCCUGGCGCUGGUCUCUCCAUCGAACAAAGAAAGCGUGUCACUAUUGGUGUCGAGCUUGUCUCAAAGCCUUCGAUCUUGCCCACAUCUGGUCUCGAUGGUCAGGCUGCUUUCAACACAGUUCGUUUCCUCCGUAAGCUGGCCGAUGUCGGACAGGCUGUUCUUGUCACUAUUCACCAGCCCUCCGCGCAGCUCUUCGCUGAGUUCGACACACUACUUCUUCUCACUCGCGGAGGCAAGACUGUCUACUUCGGUGACAUCGGAGACGAGGCCAACACCAUCAAGGAAUACUUCGGUCGCUACGACGCCGCAUGCCCGCCUAGCAGCAACCCUGCCGAACAUAUGAUUGAUGUCUGCUCCGGUUCUCUUUCGCAAGGCAAGGACUGGCACCAGGUCUGGUUGGACUCUCCCGAAAACAAGAAGAUGCACGAAGAGCUCGAUGCCAUGAUCCAAGAUGCUGCUGGUAAGCCUCCCGGCACCAAGGAUGAUGGCUACGAGUUUGCCACCUCUCUCUGGACCCAGACCAAGCUUGUCAGCAACCGUAUGAACGUCUCUAUCUACCGUAACACCGACUACAUCAUGAACAAGAUCAUGCUUCAUAUCGGUACUGCUUUGUUCAUGGGCUUCACUUUCUGGAUGAUUGGCAAUGGUGUCGCUGAUCUUCAGCUCAACCUCUUCGCCCUUUUCAACUACAUCUUCGUUGCUCCCGGUGUCAUUGCUCAACUCCAGCCUUUGUUCAUCGAGCGUCGUGACGUAUACGAGACUCGUGAAAAGAAGAGUAAGAUGUACGACUGGAAGGCUUUCACCACAGGUCUCAUUGUGUCUGAGAUUCCUUACCUCGUCCUCUGUGCGACUUUCUACUUUGUCUGCUUCUACUUCACCGUCGGAUUCCCUGCGAAGGCCUCGUCUGCCGGAUCAGUCUACUUUGUCAUGUUGGUCUACCAAUUCAUCUACACUGGUAUUGGUCAGUUCGUCGCCGCCUACGCUCCCAACGCAGUUUUUGCUUCGCUCGUCAACCCUCUCAUUAUCGGUACUCUUGUCUCUUUCUGCGGUGUUCUGGUUCCCUACGCCCAGAUUCAGCCUUUCUGGCGUUACUGGCUCUACUACCUCAACCCCUUCAACUACCUCAUGGGCUCUCUCCUCGUCUUCACCUCCUUCGACCAAGAAGUUCACUGCAAGAAGUCUGAGUUUGCCAUCUUCAACNCCCCUUCAGGUCAGACAUGCGCAUCCUACCUUGCCAACUACCUGCAAGGCAUGGGUCACGCUUCCAACCUCAUCAAUCCUGAGGCUACCUCCGACUGCCACGUUUGCCAAUACACUCGCGGCAGCGAUUACCUUGCUACCCUGAACCUCAACGAGUACUACUAUGGCUGGAGAGAUGCUGCCAUUUGUGUUAUCUUUGCUCUUUCUGGCUACGCUCUUGUGUUUGGUCUCAUGAAGUUGAGAACCAAGGCCUCCAAGAAGGCUGAGUAA